AUGAUCAAAGAUUAUGUGGUUCCGAAGCGUCCGAGCUUUGGAACCAGGGGUCAGCCUUCCAAGAUCCCGGUCAAUGCCUACCCAGUGACCCAGUUCCCGACUGCCAAGAUCCAUCAGUACGAUUUGACUCUUGGUGCCGACGGCUCCAAGAGGGGCUUGAUCAACAAGCUCUGGAACCACCCCAAGCUCCAAGAGAAGUUCGGCAAGGCCAAGAGCACCCUCAUCUUUGAUGGAAGCAAGUUGGCCUGGUCGGUCGUUGAGUUGCCAAUCCAAGACCAGUUGACCAUGAUCAUCGAUCUCGAUGAAGAUGACGAGCGUGCCAAGAAGUCCCCGAACCCUCGCGACAACAAGCACCGAAUCGUUAUCCGCAAGUCUGGUGUGGUACCCAUGCAAGUCCUCGAUGCCUAUCUCCAGGGCAGGACCGAUUAUGAUCCAACCGUCCUCGUGGGCAUCAACUUCUUGGACCAUCUCAUCCGUGAGACUCCGGCCAAGAAGUAUGUUGCCAUCAAGCGUUCUUUCUUCUCUCGCGCGGGCAGCCGUGAGUUGGAAGGAGGUGUGGAGGCCUGGAAAGGCAUAUUCCAGAGCAUCCGUGCUGCUCAGGGAGGUCGAUUGAUCAUGAACGUCGACGUUGCUACCUCCUGCUUCUGGAAGGAGGGCUCUCUCAUAGAGAUUGCCUUGAACGUCACCAGAGUCCAUACCAUCGAUAUGUUGGUAAACGGACUUGCGCAGCAAGGCUUCAGGGGUCCCCUUGCGAAAACUCUCAAGCGCCUGAGGAAGGUCCAGUUCUUCUGCCAGCAUCGGUCGAGGGAUCAGAACGAAAAGACCCGCAAGACGUACACCGUCGAGGGCUACGAAGAGAAGUCGGCGAGGGAUUACAAGUUUGAGUUGCAGCGUCGCGACGCGGACGGCAACACACAGACUCAGGAGAUCUCCGUCCAGCAGUACUACUUGAAGAAUUACAACAUCAAACUCAAGUACCCCGGCCUCCCUCUGGUCCGCACCAGGAAGAAGAACGAGUUCUACCCCAUGGAGCUCUGUUAUGUCGCACCUGCGCAGCGCUAUCCAUACAAACUGAACGAGAAGCAGACUGCCGACAUGAUCAAGUUUACUGUUCAGCGUCCCCCGGACCGUAUCAAUUCGAUCAAGAGCAACGUGAUUGCGCUCGAUUGGCCCAAGGAUCCUGUUCUAAACGACUACGGUUUGAAGAUUGAUACGAACAUGAUCAAGGCGCAGGCUCGCAUUCUGCCUGCCCCUCAGAUCCAGUACGGAGCUGGUUCUCAGGAUGCCAAGUUCAUCCCGAAGGACGGUCGUUGGGACCUACGUGGAAAGAGGUUCGCUGACUGGGGCCCUAUCGCUGCGACCAACGGUGGAGGCUUGAAGGCUUGGGGAGUCAUGGUCUUUGGCAGUCCUCGCUACGUUCCCGAGAGCGGCGUCAAGGCCUUCUUCCGUGAGUUGAUCAAGGCGAUCAACAACCACGGCGGUCACGUCGUCAACAAGGAUCCCACGGUCAUGUACGCCGAUGCCUCCAAGGCGGUAGGAAAUAACCUCUUCGAAAUAUACAAGAAGGCUGGGAACAAGUAUAACAUGAAGCCCCAGAUCCUCUUCUUCGUGUUGACUUCCAAGUCGCCACAGCCAUACGGCGACAUCAAGGCUUACUGCGACAUUCAGCUCGGCGUCCCUUCGCAGUGCUUGCAGUCGAGGCACGUUGAGCAGGCAAAGGGACAGUAUUGCUCCAACGUCUGCAUGAAGAUCAACGCCAAGAUGGGUGGAUACUCGUGCGAUCUCGUUGCGACUUGCCAUCCCCUCGCCAAGGGCCCGGCCACCAUGCUGCUCGGAGCGGAUGUUUCCCACUCGUCGCCAGCAAACCCGGUCGGUUCCUACGCUUCCAUGGUUGGAUCGACAAACCUGCAGGGUACCCGAUUCGCCGCGAUCGCCAAUACCAACGGCAACCAGUCGGAGAUGAUCUCGGCGAAGAACAUCUUCAGGUUCAUCACGACCCUUCUGCGAGCUUUUCAUACCAAUACGCACAAGAAGCCGGAACGUAUCCUGUACUUCCGUGACGGAGUCUCUGACGGACAGUACGACCAGGUCGUUUGUAUGGAGGUCGAGGCCAUCAAGCGGGCUUGCAAGAAGAUGGACAUAAACUACAAUCCCAAGUUCACGGUCAUCAUCUGUUCGAAGCGCCAUCACUUCCGCUUCUUCCCGACCGACAAGCAUGCCGCUGACAGGAACAACAACCCUGUCCCGGGUACCAUCAUCGAGCGUGAUAUCACUCACGUCGAUCAGUAUGACUUCUACCUGAACUCUCAUACUGCCAUUCAAGGAACCGCUCGCCCCGUCCACUACCAGGUGAUCUACGACGAGAACCAGGUUCCCGUCGACUCGCUCCAGUCGCUCAUCUACAACACGUGCUACACGUACAUCCGUGCCACUUGUUCCGUCUCGUUGAUUCCGGUCACCUACUACGCUCACGUUGCUUCGGCUCGUGCCCGCGUUCACGAGAACGAGACCGAGGAUCAUCUUUCCUCUCAGCCGACUCCCGAAGAUCCUCGUGAGGCCGCUAGAUUGGAAGCUAUCAAGAUGGGAUUGCCUGCGUCACUCCGGGCUAUCCACAAAGACAUGACGAACAAGAUGUGGUACAUCUAA